AUGGGCCGCCUCCACCGUGACGAUCUCGCGGAUGCCGCCUCCUCGCACUCGCUGCAUUCCAUCGCCGACGAGGAUGAGCUGCCACCUCCUUACACCGACGAACCCGAUCUCAACCCCGUCCCUGCUUCUAAUCCCACCCCCGCAUCCUCCUCUUCACGCCCGACCGGUGCAUUCCGGCCCCUCCGCAUCGUCGACGGGGCCUAUGCGAUCCCCGGCUCCAAAAAUGUCCUCUCCCACGAUAAACGCGUCGUGUCUCUCGCGCCGACCCUCUCCAGCAACAAAGAUGAGCUCCUCCAUGUUAUCCGCAGGCAGUUGAAACUGCCCGUGCGGCCGAUGCUGCUCAUCAAGGGCACGCAUACCGAGUCUUCCAACGAUGGCAAGCAGAAGAAGAGCAACGCCGUCACCGACUUUGAGUUCCAGCUGGAUCUCGCAGAGACCAUGCUGACGGGAUGGGAGGGUGGCCCGUUGUAUGUGAACUGGAUGGAGAUCGAUGUGAUUCGGGACGACGACGGAAUCUCUGCUUUCCGAGGUGGAAUCUUACGGUCGCGCGACUACAAGGCUCCCAAAGCGCCCUCGGCGCGUCUGGUCCUUGAUCAGGACGUGGACAGCGAUGCUGCCCUUCUUGGACCGGAUGCCGAGGCUGGCAUUGAUGCUGAUGUCCAGGAGGAAGAAGAGCAUGCUGCCGUGGUGAACAUCAACAAUGAUCUCGAGCUCUGGUGUGAGCGGUUCUGCCUCGACCCGGCGCCUGUGAAAUCUUUCACCAUCUACCGCCAGUUGAAGGGCUUCGACCACCAAGCGAUGCGCAAUAUUUUCGACUCACAUAUCCGCGAGCUGAACUACCGUGGCACCAUCUAUCAAUGCUUCACCCAAGCCCACAGCUCCGUCACCAUCUACUCCCCACACUGGAUCAACCGCCUACGCACAAACAAAUAUAUCUGGUGGCUGGUUGUCCUCCUUCAGCUCUGGAUUAUCACCUGGCCCAUUAUCUGGUUUAUGGAAAAGCGAUACGAAAUCGCUUUUACACGCUGGAACGCCUCACUCGACCCCAACACCGAAUCCAGCUUGGUGAAGUGUUAUGCACGGAAUCGCAACGAGUCAGCCCUAGCGGAGUGGUGGGCACCAGCCGUCAAGCAGGCUGCAUGGACGCGCCGAUCUGGCGACAAUAAUCUCCUUACAAGGCUGGAUGCUGAGCGAGUGCAGGGAAUGAGCACGGAGCAGUUAAUUAACUUCCGCCCUCAAGAGUCAUGUGCAGAAAUCGAGCGUCGGGAACGUAUGGCCAGAGGUCAAGGUGGCUUCAUCGAUAACGUCGUGGGAUUGGCUCGCGGAAUUAGCGAAGUCGGACAGGAUUGGAGGUUUACCAUGGGAUGGGGUGCUAACUCUUGA